AUGCUGAUUGUAGCUCUGAUUCUAGCGAUUACCAGCUCCCUUCUCACAAUCGACUACAUUCUUGGCACGAUCACUUCGGAGAUGUUCAAACAACUCAUCGGAUAUUUGCCGACGUCUUCAAAAUCUUUCAUUGUGACACCAGAAGCACGAAUAACAUUCGAUCGUCUUGUGGAUGGAAGGAAGACAAAGGAAAAACCACGACAACGACAUCGGAAGUGGAACAACAACAAGAAAGCAAGCCAGAGGAUGUACCAGCAGAAAAGGACGACGUCUCUCAACACAUCCUCAUGA